GAGGUUGUGGAGGAGGAAGAGUACGAGGAGGGGGUCCUAAAGUGAAUGGGAGGAGGAUGUAGGUCGGGGACCCAAUUUGCGGAGAACAGGGUGGGGAGCGUGGAGUGGGAGGGGGGCAAUCAGGAUGUGUGGGAUUGGGAGGAGGAGAAGGUUGGGAUGCCAGUCAAUCAGGAUGAGGAUGUAGGAACCAAUGGAGUGCAGGGGAAAGAAUGCCAAGGCGACAAGCAGGCAGCUUCCUCUGCGAGCCAUUCGAAAAGAGUGCCAGCAGCACACGUCAUCAAAGAAAGAAUGGGGUAUAUCGACACGUGGGAAGAAUUUGCGGAGAAGGCGGAGGGAUUGUAUAGGUCAAACCCCGUGGGCACGAGAUAUGUGACCAAGUACAGGCAUUGUGAUGGCAAACUGGUGUUGAAAGUCACAAAUGAUUUUGUGUGUCUGAAGUACAAGACGGAUCAACUUCAGGAUGCGAGGAAGAUGGAAAAGCUAAACAAUCUCUUUCUCACUCUCAUGUCGAGAGGAGUUGAUGCGGGAGACAUGGUGCUGGCGGAGCCCAAGUCGGGACCAGCGCCUCCGAAAAAAGGACGCGGAAGAAGACAAUGAUCACAAUCUGGUGUACCUCAGAAGAACGGAUGUGGAAGAAGAUGAAAACAAGGGUAUUUGUGCUUCCUCUGCUGCGAUGUGGCGACGGCAUACCUCAGAUUAUAUCCUGGAUGGUGGUGGGCAUUGGCCAAGGGGGCUAGAAGAGGAGAAUCUCCGACCAAGGCAGUGGUGGUUCUUGUUGGAGAGAGAACCGCCCUGUGUUUUGCAAAUUGAAUGAAAGCAUGUGUUCAGAAUUUUGGACUCACACACACAUGACUCUCUGCGUGUGUGUGCGCGCACACAUGUGCUGGCAUGCUUGUGUGCGUGCGGGCAAGAGAGAGAGAGAGAGAGAGAGAGAGAGAGAGAGAGAGAGAGAGAGAGAGAGAGAGAGAGAGAGAGAGGCCUAUGACGGAAGCAUCACAAAG